AUGGAGUCCACAAAGAAGCCGGUGAAGAUCCCGCCCAUUCACACACUGCGGCCUUGUUGGUCUUCAGUGGCGCUGCACACCGCCAUUUAUCUACUUCGCCACGACUUUGUCACAGCCGUUCUUGCCAUCUUUGUUGUACAGCCGCUGUAUCAGCAGCUGAUUCUCCAGAACAGCUAUCUGCAGCAUCUCUCCACCCCCGCCCUCUUCACGCUGGUCUUUGCGGGGCUCUGCCACUGCGUGCCGUGGGCCUUCUUCAACAGCAUCUUCUUCUUCUUUGACAGCCUCCACCCUCAGUAUGGGAUCAAUGGCCUAAAAAGCAACGCACUGCUUGCCCCGCUUGGGCGCAGGAUAGCGAUGUACAAACUUCCCCGCAAAGUGCAGCAACUACCAUCGGCAGCGCUUAUCCUCAACACGUUGGUACACACCGUGAUCAAUCAGUAUCUGGUGAUUCCAGUCGUUCUCUAUACGUGUCUGGUCUACACAAACUCAUGCGCGCGCGCCCCGCCGCCGGCAGCAGUGAUUGUGGGCUUCACACCAGAGGACAUUGCCAACUACAUGAGUGGUCGCAACCUGAAGAAACUCCCGAUGCGCCUUGUCACCAUUACGUCGCACUUCCUACUAGCCAACGUGAUUAACGAAGUCGGCUUCUACACUUUCCACAGCAUCCUGCACUCCAACCCCCAUCUGUAUCGUAUGUUUCAUAAGAAGCAUCACAUGUACACGGGCACCAUCAGCAUCGCUGCCGAAUACGCCACGCCGUUGGAGGACAUUCUCGCAAACGCGAUCCCGACUGUCGCGUACUUCUCCUUCAUGUUCUUCCACUACACACGCGAGGAGGCAGCCGAGUCUGCCUUCAUCACGUCAGCGCGGGCGUGGCCUCUCUUUAUGACUUGGGUUUGGGCGCGCCUCUGGGAAACAUACGAGGUGCACAGCGGCUACUGCUUCAGCGACACAUGGUUAGGCAAGAUUGGCCUAAUGCACGGGCACCGCGCACGCUUUCACGACUUCCACCACACUCACAACGUCUGCAACUAUGGCAGCGGCCUCUUCAUGGACGCGCUGCUCAACACGAUGGAUCCGUAUCUGAUCCACCGCUACCCAGACAAGCACCGGUGCACGACAACGCAGCACGAUCUGGAAGCAGUCAAUACGGAGACGGACAAGGUACACGAGAGUUCGUAA